AUGAGGCGAUCAGAAAAGCUGCGUGAAAGAUGCGAAAGAGUCGCGCCAGAAGUACUCAUGGAAAAAAAUCCUGCGAAUGAUGGAAAAGGACGCACUGUCAAAGAGAUCUUUGAAGCAGAAGCGAAGGCGCUCGGAGGUGUUCCAGAAGACAUAAUUCCAGACUCGUGCAUCACUAUUUUUUACCACAUUUCAUUCUUUCUCGAAAGCGAUUUUGAUGAGAAAAAACCCUUUGAUACCACUUUCACAUCAAGUCCUUCGAAAUAUCGAGUCGGCCAGCAAGAACUCCCGGGCCUCGUUUCCUGCCUUCUUCAACUAUCCCUCGGCGACUCUUGCUACGCGAUCAUUUCUCCUGAAAAAGCGUUUGGAAAGAUCGGCGUUCCUCCGAAAGUCCCGCCGAAUUCAGAGCUCUUCUUGCAGCUUGAAAUUGUAGACAUCGAAUCUAACUUCAUCCCCCGUUUCUUGGCUCAUCCGCCAGGACUGACCAAGUGCAUCGGCCCCGAAUACGUCUUUCAAGAAGUUGUCGAGUUUGCCGAACGUGCCAAAGCGUCGAAAAAUCUAGCAAACUUACAGAAAUCCGUGACCGUCCUCUCCGAGCUUGAAUCUUCCCCCGAUCGUGACCGACAGCUCCUGAUUAACAUCCAACGAGUGAUUAUCUUCGGCAAGAAAAAGCUUCCAAAUCAACAGCUUAUCAAGCACGCGAAAAACGCACUCGCCCUCGACCUCCCCUUAGACGAUCAUUUCCUCGUCAACAUCUCCCUGAAGAUUCGCUACCACUUGAUGGACUUGUAUACUUGGAAACACUUCGAUGACUUCAAGAAAGCGCGAGAGGUAUAUAAAGAGUUUGAACAAAGAUGCGAAGAUCAGGAUUUCAACUGCUUGGUAAAAUUGACUGCAAAAGAAGAUCUGGAAAAGAUGAAGGGGCUCGUUGAGAAGCGAUACAAGAAAAUGCAUGAGCGCGAGAUUUUGACUGGAAUCGAAGAAAUUCUCGCGGAGAAAGGCAAGUUCUCGCCCGAUUUGGACCAUGAAACGAUCAGAAACAACAACAGAAAACUUCAGCGCGUGAAAGAAAACGUCUUCCGGAAACAAGUCAAAGAAGUGUGGAGUAAACACGGGCCCCGUCUAAUGGCACAAAUUCGAGCAGCUCAAGCGUCGGCAGAUGUUGGGGCGAAUAUGAAUGGAAUUCUGCAGAAUCAGUAUCGAGGCACUCCGAAAGCGGUCAAUAAAAUGACAAAUGGAACUCCCGUCAGUCUGGAUCGAAAAAGAAAGGAGAAAAGCGACGACGAUGAUUUUGAGGAUCAAGCGCCAAUCUCAAAACUGCGCCGCCUCAGAAAAGACAAAAUCGACCGAUUCUCCGCCGAAGUCCCCGAAGAAACAUUCUCAUCUGUCGGCGGCUUAUCAGAACCAAAAGAAACGAUUCUGCGGCAAAUGAUGCACCUCCACGAGCCGCGAAUUUACGCGACUCUUGGCGUCCGGCCACCGAGCGGCAUUCUAGUGCACGGGGCACCUGGCGCCGGGAAAACGCUUUUGUGCAAAAGUUCUGCGGGCGAGAUUCAAGUCAAGAUGAUUUCAGUCACCCAGAUCAGACAAUUGUUCGAAAACGCGAAAGAAAACGCGCCCUGUAUAAUCUUCCUCGACGAGCUCGAUGCGAUUUGCUCGUCAAGAGAUGAAAACACGAAAGAAAUGUCGAAUCGAAUCAUUGCCCAGCUUCUGACGUGCAUGGACGACGUCGAUAGCAAUGAAAUUCUAGUGCUAGGGGCGACCAGUAAAGUGGAGAACAUCGACAGCUCGCUGAGAAGAGCUGGAAGAUUCGAUCAAGAAAUAGCGAUUGGAAUUCCAAGUGAAAAAGAACGACUGGCGGUGAUGCAGGUUGUGUGCAAGGAUUUGAAAUUAUCGGCAAAUUGUGAGCUGCGUCUCUUGGCGCGCCUGACGCCCGGCUAUGUCGCAGCCGAUUUAGAUGCACUCGCUCGGGAAGCGGCCCAGGAAGCUAUCGAUAGAAUUUGUCAAGCAGAAAAUGAAACUGGAGAAGAGAAAAAGUUCAAUAGAGAGAGCGCUUGGGAGAGAUGGAAAGAGAUUGAUUUGUCGGACGAUGUUUUAGGAAGGGGAUUUAAUAGACCGUUUGGCGACUUCCAAAAGGCUCUGAAAAAAGUCGUUCCAAGCGCUAAACGAGAAGGUUUCGCUACAGUCCCUGAUACAACUUGGGAUGAUGUUGGUGCCCUGGAAAAGAUUAGAGAAGAGCUGUCGAUGUCGAUUCUAGCGCCGAUCAGAAAUCCAAGGCAAUUUGAGAGGCUUGGUCUGAGUCGACCGAGUGGCGUUUUGCUCACUGGCCCACCAGGAUGCGGAAAGACUCUUCUAGCAAAAGCAAUCGCGAAUGAAUCCGGCCUAAACUUCAUCUCCGUCAAAGGCCCAGAGCUUUUGAACAUGUACGUCGGAGAAUCAGAACGCGCGGUCCGAUCAGUUUUCACCCGCGCCAGGUCUUCCAAGCCGUGUGUUAUAUUCUUUGAUGAAAUCGACGCACUGACGCCCAGAAGAGCAGAAGGGGCGAACUCGGGAGCGACCAGAAUAGUGAAUCAAUUGUUAACAGAACUCGACGGCCUAGAAGACCGAAAAGACGUCUACAUCAUCGCCGCAACAAAUCGGUACGAAAUCAUCGAUCCCGCCGUGUUGCGCCCUGGCCGUCUCGACAAAACCGUCUACGUCGGUCUUCCUUCCAAAGAAGACAUCAAGCAAAUCAUUUUGAAAGUAACGAGAAACGGUGUGAAGCCGCCUUUUGGAAGUGAUGUUGACUUGGAUGCGAUUAUCGACAAAACUGUCAAUUAUUCCGGCGCCGAUGCAACUGCGCUUGUGAGAGAAGCAGCACUGAUACGAGUUUAA